UGCUUGCUAUUUGUUUUUAUUUUGGAAAUCUUCACAGUUCGGGUUUCCAAUUUUUCACUCGCUUCCUCGCGAUGGCUCAGGGAAAGUUGAAAUUAAAAUCGAAAUCAGCACCAAAUGUAAAGAAAGGUGCCAACAAGAAGCCGGGAACGGCAUUUAAUAAACGGAAAAAUGCACCCAUUCAGUCAAAGAAACACAGAUUCGAAGAGGCACACAAACUGAAGCAGGUUAUUACGAAAACAGUCAACAAGAAGAACGAAGAUGAUAUAAGGAAGGUUGCGUAUGAAGGGCAGACGAAGCUCAGCCAGGCACAAUUAGCUGUGCAGGAACAUCAUCGGAAACAGGCAGAGAACAACGGAUCUGAGGCAGGUACUUCGAAGGGCAACUGAAGAUGAGCUCAAGGUUUCAUGGUAUUCUGUAACGUCGUUCAUCACACCGUCUACAUGUUUAAAUAUGAAGAUUUACAUUAAAGUGUAAACAGCAAGCGGUUUGAGAAUAAAAGAUGUUUAUUUAACUGUAAA